CGAGGGGGUUGAUUGGGACGGGAAGAGGGUGACGCGAGAAGCCGGUGGCGGGGAGAACUUUGAGGGCAGACGUUCCAAAGCUACCCCAACGGAGAGACACGCCGAGACGCCCCUGCCAUCGGGAGCCCUUCGGUCUCAGCUCGGUUAGAAAUUCGGCUGAAAAGGUGGAGGGCCCGGGGACGCAAGAAGCUAAGGAGUCGGUGAACGGCUCGAGGGCCGAGGUCGGACCGGACGUCGCCUCCAAACUGAGCAGUUUGUUCGCCGGACUUCCCAGUUUGGCGGGUCCCCAACGCCUCGCCACUUCCCUCAGGCAGAAAUUCGCCAAUAACUCCGGUUACCCCCGGCCCGGCCUGAUGCGCGCCGCCCCAAUCGCGACGAUUCCUUCGUCACGAUCGCUCCCAAGGUCGAUCAUCCAGUGAUCGCGUGAUUUAGUCCUCCUCCCGCCCCCCCUCUGCCGGAGGACGUGCCAGUUAAGGCUCGGUCAUUAAGGAGAGAUAUAUACAUAGAUCGGCCGGGCACGAUGACGACCAUACCGAUACUCAACAUUGAGCUGAGCGAGCUCAAGGAGAUAGUGUGGGCCAAGUUGCAGGAGCCGAAGGCCCAGCGAAAGCUGGUACUGAUCAUCGUUUCUAUAGCGUUGCUGCUCGACAACAUGCUGUACAUGGUGAUAGUGCCUAUCAUACCCGAUUACCUGAAAUACGUGGGCGCGUUCGGCGACGUGGAGGAGGAGGACGAGGUGAACGCCACCGGGACGCCGUCCCAUCACGGCCAAGAUUCGGCCACCGGUGUGUUGUUCGCCUCCAAGGCCAUAGUCCAACUGAUGGUGAACCCGUUCUCGGGCGCGUUGAUAGACAGGAUCGGUUACGACAUACCCAUGAUGAUAGGCCUGUGCAUCAUGUUCCUGUCCACCGCUGUUUUCGCUUGCGGCCGAAGCUACGGGGUCCUGUUCUUCGCGAGGAGUUUGCAGGGCGUCGGUUCCGCUUUCGCGGACACCAGCGGCCUUGCAAUGAUCGCUGACCGUUACACGGAGGAGGCUGAACGAUCGAAGGCGCUCGGGAUCGCCUUGGCCUUCAUCAGUUUCGGCUGCCUGGUCGCGCCUCCGUUCGGCGGCGCCCUCUACCAGUUCGCCGGCAAAGAGGUCCCGUUUCUGAUCCUCGCGUUCAUCAGCCUGGCGGACGGAGUGAUGCUGCUCCUGGUGAUGAAGCCGGUCAAGGAGCAGGUGAAGCAGAGGCAAGGGGAGAUGCGUCAAACGAUACCUAUUUGGCGAUUGCUCAUGGACCCGUACAUUGCCGUUUGCGCUGGAGCUCUGAUGAUGUCGAACGUCGCUCUGGCAUUCCUCGAGCCGACCAUCUCCCUGUGGAUGGAGGACAACAUAACCCGGGACAAUUGGAAGAUGGGGAUGAUCUGGUUACCUGCCUUCUUCCCCCACGUGUUCGGCGUGAUGAUCACCGUGAAGAUGGCCAAACAGUAUCCCCAGCAACAAUGGUUGAUGGCCGCGUCGGGGUUGGCGUUGGAGGGCAUGUGCUGCUUCAUAAUACCGUUCUGCAGCAGCUACGGCGCCCUCAUGAUCCCAUUGUGCGGCAUCUGUUUCGGGAUAGCGUUGAUCGACACGGCUCUCCUGCCCACUCUCGGCUACCUGGUCGACGUGAGAUACGUCUCGGUCUACGGGAGCAUAUACGCCAUAGCCGACAUCUCGUACAGCGUGGCGUACGCCGUCGGACCCAUCAUAGCCGGUGGCGUGGUCGAGGCGAUCGGUUUCACCGCGUUGAACAUCGGCAUAGCGUUCUCCAACCUCCUCUACGCGCCCGUGCUCAUGUACCUGAGGCACAUCUACGACUUCAAGCCGUUCCAGGACGAGGCGGACGUGCUGAUGCAAAACCCGCCCGACAAGGAGUACCAGACGUACGUGUUGCAGGAGCAGAGGCCCCUCUCGGGCGAGGUGGGCAACCAUUUGAACCAGGCGAGGAUGGAGACGAACGUCGACCAAGGUUACCAAGAGCAGAAUUACCAGGCUGGACAGAAUUACGAUUACGGGCAGAAUAUUAACGCGGCUGGAUACACUCAGCCAGGCUACGAGCAACAACCGCCCGUGUACGAGCAACAACCAACGGCCAAUUACCAACAGCCUGUGGCGUACACCCAGCAGAGGAUGACGUACGCCCAGCAAGAGCAGGCUGGAGGUCAUCAAGUGGACGUGAAUCCGUUCAGGAGGCCUGGCAAUGUCGAUCAGAAACCCUCCGGAGAUAGCAAUCCGUUCAGGCAAGGGAUGUAUUAAUUCGUGAUUGGAUUAUGCAUUCGCCAUUUGGAAUAUCGCGAAAUAGUCUUCGAGAUAGGCUUCCACUUGUCAAGAAUUAUUAUUAUCCCUCGCAUUAGGUAUCGAUCCUCUCUCUCUCUCUCUUUCUGUCUGUCUGUCUGUCUAUCUCUAUCUCGAGAAUUUUACGAAAGAGUUGUUCUGUGAUGAUUUUAUCGACAAGUGCACCUCGUCCUCGCGUGAAUUGUUAUUCGAAACGGAGACUUUAUCAUUUUUCCGUGAUCUAGUCAGAUCUUGUUACGUUUCUUGAUUCGAAAUUAAAAAUAUUGAUUGAAGGGAGACGAGUGUUUAUUUUUCAAUCCUUUUAAUAAUAAAUUAUCUUUCUUUAUUCAAUUUAACGAUCGAUGAAUCGAAACUGUUGGAUUAAUAUCUCUUCUUCUUUUCCUCUCGAAUUUUAUUUUAUUUUUUUUCUUUUCGAAGAGAGACGAAUGCGAUAAAACACACAAUAAGAAUUUCUCUCGAAACACUUUCCUGAAAAGAAUCGUGAAGCAAAUGGAUAGCUGUCGGAGAAAUAUCGAGGAUAAUAUAAAAUCGUCAUCUGUGAUUGGAAAGCAUGAAGUAUAAUAUAGGAGCGUGACAUUUCGAUGAAACGAAACGAAAGAGAGAUAAUAGGAUAUCAUCGAUAAAUGUCAAGGAUCGAAUUUAAGAAGAAUAAGAAGAAGAAGAAGAAGAAGAGGAAGAAAAAUCGCAAUCGGAGGCUUCUCCUCAGCAAGGGCCCUCGUGUUUGCGCGUUUGCCACAGAGAUCGGCAAAAUCGUUUAGUUUUUAUUCGUUCUUUUCGUUCAAUGUUUCAAUUGCUGAAAAAACGGAAGCAAGCAUAUCACUAAUUAAGGCGACAAAUUAGCAGCUAUGGAGGAGGCUUUCACGUAGGUAAUUGUAUAGUUGUACAUAAGGGAGGAGGGAGCCAGUCUCCUCCCUUUACGCGCGAUGCAUAUCGAUACUGUUGGAAAUCGAUCGAUAUCCACGAAUCAUCGCAUCUCCUUAUUACCAUCGGUCGAUAUUUUUGAUUCUUUAUCGCGAAUUGUUUGCAUCGACCCCGAAGUCGAUCAUAGUUUUAAUAAUAGUUGAUUCUUUAGGGAAAGGAAUUUUUUCGAUUUCGAAUCGUUGUAAAGAAUUAUCAGAAAUUUUAUAUACAGUUUGAUAUUUAUAAUUUUUAAUAUCGAGUAUCGUAUUCGGGAUGCUUAGUUAGUUGGCUCGGUUUAGAAUUUUUUUUUUUUUCUCACUUAAAUCAUCGUUGAUAAAUGAUUUAACGAAAUUAGUUUCGUACGUAGGUUCGUUCGAUUCGAUUCGAUGGAGAAUCGUGCAAUAUUUAGGCAAAAUUACGUAGUCUCCUAUUAUCUAUUAUGUAAAUACGUGUAUGCAUAUUUCAACUAUUUAAAUAUUAUACCAUGCGUCAGAGAUUCGCACGUAAAGCUUCACGAGUCCUUCGAAAUUGUUCCCUCGAGGCGUGCAAAAUUAUAUCUCUCACAUUCACGGGAUAUUAUACAUAUCAAUCAAUCGUAUCUAUUCCUAAUUUCGAUCUUUUAUGAUUCUUUCAAACUCUGUUGAGAAAUAUGUCCAAGAAUGAUUGAAUUAAAAAACAAAUGAUACCAAAUAUCCAAAAUCGUAUAAAUCGUAUUCUUGAUUCGAUAUUCUUGAUUUCCUUCUUCACAAAUCGAGCAACGUCUCUCACAAGAUUAUCGUAAAUUAAAAAAAAAAA